AUGGCCGACACAGAAAACUUCGUCUCUCAACUUCCUCAACCAACUCGGUAUGCACACGCAUCGCCACAGAGACAGCUGACCGAGUUGACUGCGUCGGCAAACAACUCGCGAAGUGCGAUGCCUCCUCCGACAUUCACCAGCCAUAAGCGACAAGGAUCGAAUUUACCUGAACCAGCAUCCAAGAGGAAAACAUUAGCCGAACGCGCUGGCGAGCCUAUCAAACCUAUUGCGGCUGCUCCCAAGUCCAAUGCUCCCGUCAACACGACAUUUAUGUCCGCUGCUCAAUCACGAAAUCCUCCCACCUUUUCCCAAUCAUAUCGGAGCAAUGCCCAAUUCUCAAAAAGUACAUGCACCUUCUCGGCCAGCGUCGGUAGUGGCAUUCGGGCCCCCUCGACCCAUCCCAGCUCCAGUGUUGCACGACCAAAGUCCUCACUCGCAAAAGAGAGGGGAACGAGACCGGCCGAUUCGAGGCCUGCUACAUCAUUAGGUACCCGUGGAGGAACUCGGGAUGAUGCCAAUAACAAACGUACGGCCCCUGUUUCCAAUAACCCCCCCUUUGAUUUUGCCACCCGUUUUCCCGCGAGGAAUGAAUCCGUGAUCGUGAAAAAUGGCCUUCGAAGCAUUUCCUUCGGCAAGGAAUUUGGUCCUCCCGUAAGACCAUCGAACGCGAAGCGCGAGUUUUCAAUCACAUCUUCGGUCACCUCUCAGCUCUCAGAACUCUCGUUGGGUCGGCAAACACCAAAAGCGAAGGAGGCUCGACCUGAUAACCCUUCCAGAAUUCCUCGGCCAUCACCAUGGAUUCAGGCACUUCCGGAGAGGCCCUCGUUCACUCCCCAACCAUUUCCUCAAAUAUCUCCCCUUCCCCCCCACAAAACAAAGGCAGGAACCUUUCUGACGAAGUAUUCUGAUCUAGAAACUUGGGAUCCCGAAGAACAGUAUGGCAAUAUGGAAAGAAUGUAUGAAGAUGUCUGCAAGCAUUACAAGCAGGCAAUGGAAGAUAAUGUGGAAGCAAAAGAAAUCAACAAUACCUACAAGUCGACCAUUGCGAACCUUGAACGAGAACGGAGGGACGUUACCGAAUCUAUGAUCGCACUGAGAUGCGAAUUGGAAACGACCAAAUAUCGACUUGAGGCCGCGGAACAAACCAACCACGAACUAAAACGAGAUCAGGAAGAGGAAGUGGAAGAUAUCAAACGUGAAAAUCGAAUCGCAUUCGAAAAUAUUCGCCAGUCUCAUCGCGAGGACGUGGAUCGUCUAAAGGCUGAUCACAGAGAGGAGAUACGAGAAUUGAAGAGAAGACUGGAAGGUGAGAUUGAAAGUGAGAGAAGUCAGCGGUUGCAGGCUUUGAGCCAAGUUUCCACUCAAGGAGCCCUCGAAAGACAACGCCAUCAAAUAGACCUGGAAUCCAAAGAACAGGAGAUUCGAGGCAUCAAAGCGGAAGUGGAACGACUCAAGGCGGACCUUGAAAGAGAGAAACUUCUCAAUGAUGAUCUUCGCCGCAAUCUUUCCGUAGCAAGUGCAAAUGCAGUGACCAUGGAAGGCGCCAGACAGGCGCUCCAGGCGAAGAUCGAAUAUCUGGAAUCAGACAGCAAAUCUCAAUCCGAAGCAUAUGCAGCCAUGGAGAGGAGAAUGAAUGAAGCUCUCGACAAGGCCGUUGAAUGCGAAGAAAAACUUAGGAAGGAAGAAAUACUUCGACGAAAACUGCACAAUCAAGUUCAAGAGCUGAAGGGUAACAUUCGCGUGUUCUGUCGAGUCCGACCGACCAACAGCAGUGAUGACGCUGAAGAGGCGGCCAAGAUCACGUUUCCAGAGACUGACGAAGAAUUGAAAGAUAUCGAAGUGAAAGGCCCAGAGGAGACCAAUAGUCUUGGAAAGGUCACGACCAAGACGCACCAAUUUUCUUUCGACCGCGUGUUUGAUCCGUCGAGCAACAAUGGUGAGAUUUUUGAGGAGAUCAGCCAGCUUAUUCAAUCGGCACUGGAUGGAUACAAUGUCUGCAUCUUUGCCUACGGUCAAACAGGUUCAGGAAAGACAUUCACAAUGUCGUCAGAGGAUGGUAUGAUCCCACGGGCUCUACGUCAGAUUUAUAGCACAAGCAAAGAACUUGAAAGCCGGGGGUGGAAGUAUACGAUGGAAGGCAGUUUCGUUGAAGUGUACAACGAGGAGCUGCGAGACCUGCUCGGAAAAGAUGGUGACAAUGAAAAGGGGAAUAAAAAGCAUGAGAUUCGACAUGACAUGGCAACCUGCGAAACGACCAUAACAGAUGUGACCACGGUGAAUCUCGAUAGUCAAGAACAAGUCGAAGGAAUCCUGUCUCAAGCCAUGUCGAGACGGUCGGUGGCGGCGACCAAGGCCAACGAACGAAGCAGUCGAAGUCACUCCGUCUUUAUUCUCAAGCUUGCUGGUCACAACUCCAUCACCGGCCACCAGAGCAAAGGGACACUGAACUUGGUGGAUCUUGCUGGUUCAGAACGCCUUUCACAUUCCAAAGUCGAAGGGGCCCGUUUGAAAGAAACUCAAAAUAUCAAUAAAUCACUUUCCUGCCUCGGGGAUGUCAUUGGCGCAUUAGGCCAACAACAGGCGACUGGAAGUUUCAAUCCCCGAGAAAGUGUCAAUGGGGCAAGCGGCGGCAGCUCCGGAAGUGCUCAUAUCCCAUAUCGAAACAGCAAGUUGACAUACCUCUUGCAAUUCAGUCUUGGUGGAAACAGCAAGACGCUCAUGUUUGUCAUGGUGGCCCCGGAGAAGAAGUGUCUUUCCGAGACGAUUACGAGUCUGAAGUUUGCGGACAAAGUGAGCCGAACGCGGAUUGGGGUUGCGAAGAAGACGAAUGGGAAGUGA